GACAUGGAUAUGGGUUCUUGCUUGGUUACUAUGAGGUGAAAUGGUAUUCGUGACCAGAGUACCUCUCAAGAUAUGAGAAGCAGUUCGGGGUGCCAUAGAGGUGCCUAGGCAAUAAAGACGUCGUUCGGUCUCUCUCUCCUUGUGUGGUAGGCUCUGUGGCUCGUCUUUAUAUCCGCGUCCGCCUACAUUUCACACCUCCUCCUGCUUCACGCUAUCUACCUGGUUUUCCCCUCUCGUCACCACUGCAGUCAAGUCAUUUUCUAAACCAUCCUCCAUCCAUCAAUCAACUAUGAAGUCCUCACUGCUGCUAGCCGUCCUAACCGCCGCCCUAGCUGCCAGGGAAGUAACCGGCCACGCCAUCUUCCAACAGCUCUGGGUAGACGGCACCGACUACGGCUCAACCUGCAAUCGUCUCCCAACCUCCAACUCCCCCGUCACCAACGUGGGAAGCCGGGAUUUCGUGUGCAACGCCGGUACCAGAGGAGUCAGUGGGAAAUGCCCGGUCAAGGCAGGCGGCACCGUGACGGUUGAGAUGCACCAGCAACCAGGCGACCGCUCCUGCAAAUCCGAAGCCAUAGGCGGUGCCCACUGGGGUCCGGUGCAAAUCUACCUCUCCAAAGUCUCCGACGCCUCGACCGCCGACGGUUCUUCGGGCGGUUGGUUCAAGAUCUUCUCCGACGCUUGGUCCAAGAAAUCCGGGGGCCGCGUAGGCGACGACGACAACUGGGGCACGCGCGACCUGAACGCGUGCUGCGGGCGAAUGGACGUGCCCAUCCCCAAGGAUUUACCUAGUGGCGAUUACUUGUUGAGGGCCGAGGCGCUGGCGUUGCAUACGGCUGGCCAAAGUGGCGGGGCGCAGUUUUAUAUUUCUUGUUAUCAGAUUACCGUGACUGGUGGCAGUGGGGGAAGUGUGAGUUAUGCGACGGUCAAGUUUCCGGGGGCGUAUAAGGCCAGUGAUCCGGGCAUUCAGAUCAAUAUCCAUGCGGCGGUGAGUAAUUAUGUGGCGCCUGGGCCGGCGGUGGUGGCGGGGGGAGUGACGAAGCAGGCGGGGAGCGGAUGUACAGGGUGUGAGUCGACUUGUAAGGUGGGGAGCUCGCCGUCGGCGGUGGCGCCGGGGGGGAAACCGGCGAGCGGAGGGUCGGAUGGGAAUGCCCCCGAGGUGGGCGAGCCAAGUACCGGUGGUGGGGAUAGUCCGAGUGCGCCGGGCGCUUGUGCGGUGGCUGCGUACGGACAGUGUGGUGGGAACGGGUACACCGGGUGCAUCCAGUGUGCGAGCGGAUACACCUGCAAGGCUGUCUCGCCCCCUUAUUACUCGCAGUGCGCACCGGCCUCGUGA